ACAAGGUAACAUACAUUGUUUUGUCUUGUAGUUGACUAGGUUCUUCUUCUAUAAUGUAACCAUUCAUCAAAGUUGGUUCAAAAUCAUUGUUCUGAAAUUUUUUGUUGAGUGAGAAAGUAGACAUGGGAAGAACUCCUUGUUGUGACAAAGAGCAGGUCAAGAGAGGACCAUGGUCUCCUGAUGAAGAUGCAAAACUCAAGAGUUAUAUUGAAAUUCAUGGCACUGUUGAAAAUUGGAUUUCAUUGCCCAAAAAAGCUGAUCUUAAGAGGUGUGGGAAGAGUUGUCGUCUAAGGUGGCUGAAUUAUCUUAGGCCAAACAUCAAACAUGGAGGCUUUACUGAAGAAGAGGACACCAUCAUUUGCACACUCUAUUCUCAAAUUGGUAGCAGAUGGUCUGUCAUAGCAUCAAAACUACAUGGCAGAACAGACAAUGAUGUGAAAAACUAUUGGAACACAAAACUGAAGAAAAAAUUUAUGGCAGGAAAAAUUAACCUCAAAUCAUUAUCAGGAAAUGACAAUACUACCCCUCCAAUUGCAUCACUACCUCAAAAUUCCAACCUCCAAAAUUCACAAUAUUCUCUACUUUCACCAUUGCCAAUUAUGUUAGGAAACAAUUUUGAUGCUAGUUAUGAAUUCAACAAUGAUGAAAUAAACAAUGGUUUCAACCAAGUUCUUGAAAAAAGCAUUGUUGCCUCCGAAAUUGGUACGAGUAACAACAAUGUUGUUAAUUCUAUGGUAUCCGUGUGUGAAGACUCUUCGAGCAUUGCAAUGAACAACGACUGUGUAUCUAUUCAAGAUCAAGCUGCUAAUGAAUCAAUGGAUCCAUUGCUCGAUUUCGACUUCGGACUUCAUCAUGAUCAUGAGAGAGUUGGUGAUCUUGCUUUAACUUGUGGUUUUUUGGAUUGGAUUGAUUUUAAUCAUUCUGACAUAAAAUCAAAUUGAUUCAAUACAACAUAUUUCAUUGUUUAGUGCU